AUGGACAUCAGCGUCGGUGUCGUCCUCGCCAUCGGCUCCGGGGUGCUCAUCGGUUCCUCCUUCGUAUUCAAGAAGAAGGGGUUACUCAGUUCGCAGAAGGGUCAUGUCAUGGGCGAGGGAGUUGCUUAUCUCAAGUCGCCGAUGUGGUGGACCGGGAUGACCAUUAUGAUUCUUGGGGAGCUUUGCAACUUCGUCGCGUAUGCGUUCGUCGAGGCGAUCAUUGUGACACCCAUGGGCGCGCUCUCCGUUGUCAUCUCGUCGAUACUAUCCCACUUCUUCCUCAACGAACGACUGUCACUUUUUGGCUGGAUAUCGUCCAUUCAAUGCUUACUUGGAGCAUCCAUCCUUGCCUUGAACGGUCCGCAGGAACAAAGCGUGUCGACGAUUGAAGGGUUCAAACAUCUCUUCCUUGCUCCAUGGUUCCUCGCGUACGGCGGCGUCGUCCUCGCGGUCGCCGUCUUUCUCGCCUUGUGGGUCGCGCCUCGUUAUGGCCACCGAACAAUGAUGCCCUACUUGGGUGUGUGCAGUCUGAUUGGCGGGCUGAGCGUAAGUUGCACUCAGGGUUUAGGAGCGUGUAUAGUUACCUCGAUCCGAGGAGACAACCAAUUUAAGAAUUGGUUCAUCUACUUUUUGUUGGUCUUCGUGGUGGUCACACUUCUCACGGAGAUAUACUACCUCAAUGUUGCACUGGCUUUGUUUAACACAGGUAUUGCCACUGCCGGUUGCGUCUUCGUCGGCCUCACAAGUGUGUAUAUAGUCACCUUCUGUACCCUGGUCACGUCGGUAAUCUUGUACCAGGGUCUGAAGGCUAGUGCCUCUCAGAUUAUCACCAUCGUCCUUGCCUUUGCAGUCAUCUGCACUGGAAUCAUCAUCCUGCAGAUGACCAAAGUAGACCCCCGACAACUGACAAACGUGCGUGCCCAAACUCGAACCUAA